CCCUCAUCAUGCAAGAACAUUUCCUACAAAUCCUCCCCAAACCGCCAUAUGUGCCCCUCCAAGCACUCCACUGAAAGUCACCAAUGUAGCAUCGAUCUUCCUGGCUUCUAAUUUCUCUCCAUCUUCAUCUUUCUCAUCUCCAAUUCCUCUCGAACAUUAGAAAUCAAGCACAUCAUGGGGAAGAAGAUAGUUUCGCACAUCAUGGGAAAGAAGAUAGUUUCUUUGAAGAAGCUAGCGAAGAGGGCGAAGGAGAGAGCCCUAUCGGCCGACCAGGACCACCAGUCGCAAGAGGUGUUGCUUAGGGAGCGCUACAGCGGGGAAUGCUUGCCAUCUUCCCCAUCGUUGACGACCCCGACGGGGUGCUUCGCAGUCUACGUCGGGGAAGAGAGGCAACGGUUCCUCGUGCCGACCGAGUUCCUGUGUCACCCGCUCUUCAAGAUGCUGCUCGAGAAGGCGCGCAAGGAGUUCGGGUUCGAGCAAAGGAACGGCCUCACGGUACCGUGCAGCGUGCCGGCUUUUCGGGAGGUGUUGAACGCCGUGGAGUGCUGCAAUGGGAAAUUUGAGUUUGGUGAGUUGGUAGAGGAGUUUGUCUAGGUGAUCUUGUUAGGGUUGAUUGUAACAAACGGGAAGAUGUUUUGUUGGCCUUCUGUAGCUCAUCUCCUGUCCCGUAAAUUUACUUAUUAUAAAGCAUUGUAACAUUGUAGCUUCUUGACCAAU